GACAGUUCUCUACCGCAGAAGAAAUCAAAACACCGAGUUGAAAAGUCAUCCUUAUAAUUUUCACAUAAAAUACAAGGUGGGGCAGGUGGGCUUAUCAUAUUUGAACGAAUUCAGAUCCAACACGAUUUUAAUCAGCGUUCAUUUCGCAUCAAUUCAUCAAUCAAAAACGAAAUUAACGUAUUCUAGUCGAAAUGCGACUGCCGUGGGUGCUUCUGACGUGCCUGCUGGUCUCGGUGCCUUUCUUGGCUGCCGAGAAGGACGAGUUCGCCGAGUUCGAAGACUUUGAAGAGGAGUUUGAGAAUGUAGCCUCGUCGCCGGAUGCGGCCGACUCGAUCGAGGAUGCUGAAGUCGAGGUCGAAGACGAAGAGGAACCCGUGUUGGAAGACCUCGAAAUGGAGCAUCUGGCCGACGAGGAAGAGUUUGAAGGCUGGGACGCCAAAGAACCCGUUGGUGGCAACAAAGAGGUGCCUCGACUGACUAUCACCAAAGUCCCAAUGCACCUUCGCACCAACUGGGACUCGUACUACCUUGAGAUGCUGAUGCUUGCAGGGUUGGCCGUCUACUUCCUCAACUUCAUGGUCGGUCGGUCGAAGAACCAGAGACUGGCCAAUGCGUGGUUCUCGGCACACAAAAGUCUGCUGGAGGAAAACUUUAGCCUCGUUGGUGAUGACGGAAGCAAAGACAUCGAUACAAAUACAGGACUGAUAAAAGAGUCUGAAAACGUCUUCACCCUUUGGUGCAGCGGGCGAACUUGCUGCGAAGGAAUGCUGGUUGAAUUGAAGCUUCUCAAGCGGCAAGAUCUGGUGGCUGUCAUCAGCCAAAUGCUCCGACCUGUAGCUGAUCAGGUCCAGGUUCGUGUCAAUCUGACCGAAGUGGACUCGUUCGUCAUGUGCAUCGCCUCAAAGAAGACUGCGCUGCGUCUUGUGAAGGACAUGGCUGACAUCAACGUCUUCUGCCCAGAGAGGAAGUCUCUCGAGAAAAUGGGUGUAUCUCCUUCCUUUAAUUUGAUGAAUGAAAUCGGUGAGGUCUCGGCCUCUUUGAUUGACCGGCGUAUGGUUGAUGCGCUCAACAAGUACAGCGACUUGAUUGACUGCAUCCACGUGUCCGAUCAGUACACCGGACCAAAACUGCCUCAAGAUGAAUCCAGUGCUGCUUCCAAGUUGCCCGAAGCUUCCAAGGUACUUAUCUGUACUUUUAAUCUGCCGACAAAGCAGAAAACGCCUCAGGAGGCGGCCGAAGCUGCCAGGCCUCUGAUGCAGUUGGUAUUUUAUUUGCUGGAACGUGUCAAGCGCUUGAAACUUGGCAAGGAGGCAAAAAUCAAGGCUAUCAACAACCGUCAGAAGGCUCAGGAGGCCUUCCUGAAGACGACCCAUGCAGCCAGGGCUGAGGCUGCUGCUGCCCGUCGAGAGGACAAGAGACGCCAAGAAAAGGAGCGUAUUUUGGCUGAGGAUGACCCUGAGAAGCAGCGUCGUUGGGAAGAGAAGGAAAACAAGCGCCAGAUGAAAAAGAAGGCUCCUAAGAUGAAGCAGUUGAAGGUAAAAGCCAUCUAAGGAGGAAACUCCAUGGCCUCAGUAUUGUUGUUGGUCGCUGCUCGCUGCCCUUGAACAAUCGCGGGGAGUAAGUAGGGAAAUUUUGGAAUUUUUAUUCACCAAAACCGUGUUUUUUGUUCUACCAAAAUCUCUGCCUUACGAUGAGACAAAAUGUGCCACGACCAUGAAAAGUUAUUAAAAAUCUCAAGUUGUACAUAACCUUUUUAUACUUUAAUCUC